GGGUAGCGGACGGGCUCCUUGGAUUUCCCUGCAGAGAGACAGCUCCUUCGGGGAGCUGGAACCAAGGAAAAGAAGGGAACUGAAAGUGAUAGUGCGAGUUGAAAACCAUGAAGCCGCCACUUGAAACCGCCGACGAGGGCGAGGAGGAUGGCGAGGGACACGAUCACCACGAGGGGGAUCCCCGACCGCUGCCCUACGACUUCGAAAAGGAGCUGAUCGAGAAGUCCAAUCGACACAUCCGACUCUACGAGACCUUCGUUCCAGUAAGCAGGGUCUAUCCACUCACCCGGAAGUUCUACGCGCAGUUCGAGCAACAUCAGCCGCCGGAUCCGCUGGGCUACCUGCGGCACACUUGGCCGGAGAAGCAGGUGGAGCGCCAGAGGCAGCUGGCGAAGGCGGUUCCGCUCCUGGAGUCGCAGGUUUACGGCUGGCUGCCGCUCCAAAGUGGCGAGCGGGCCGCCCAUCUGAACUUCCUGCACGCCCCGAAACUGCGGUGCGGCAUGACUGUUCACGGGGAGCGGUUGAUCGCGGACAGGAUUACGACGCGACCUCCUUUCAACGGACUAAGAUUCCUGCUCCACUAG